UUGCUAUGGCGGCAUUUUUAUUUUCUCGCCAAAAUAAUACAAGGAUAGAUGUGUAUUUAUUAGAAACUAUUGAUAACUUAUUACAAAAUUUAAAUCAUGUCAUAUUAAUAUAAUAAGUCGUGGAAAAAUUGCUAGGAUGUAAAUCAUAUUAUUAGCUAAUUCCAAAAUUAUUAUUGUAUUUUGUAUUAGAAUUCUUUACAUUCUUCAUUGUAAAUAAAGAUAAAUGUACAAGUAUAAUGAACGGAUAUAGAAAGGAACAUGCCGGUCACGAUACAGGCAAGAGUCAUUCCACAAAAUGUGAGCGAGAAUUACUUUACCGCAUUUGCCCCUCAAAAUUAAGUAAAAAAGAAUUGGAAGAUCUUUAUUUUGCUCUACUGGAAAACAAUCUAGAACUGAAGAAAACACUUAACUCACAGCAAGAUAAUAUAAAGUUACUAUCAACAAAAGUGCAAAGGAUGACAGCCACACAAAGGAGCAGCCUUAUCAAGGAGAGCAAAGACUGCUGUGCUGCUACCAAGGCUGUUGUUCAAGAGCAGAAGGCAUGUAUAGCUGAUUUGAAAAAAUCAAACGAGCGCAUGUCGGAGAGGAUUCGCAUCCUCAACAUGAGGCUCUGCACAGCUAAGCAGUUUCUUAAACAAAGCCCCUCGCAGACCAUGUCUCGCUGCUUUAAAUGUCUUACAGCUGCACCUGCAUCGAUGAAAAACUCUUCAGUGAGUGUAUUGCAUUCGCGACGCAGUGAGAACAAUCCAAAAACAAGUGUAGCUACCAGUCAAUAUAUUUUAAUGAAAAAAAUUUUUUGUUUUUAUUUCAGAGAAGUAACGACUAAAGAUGUUGAAACUGAAACUUGUGAAUUAGAAACUGGCAGUUCAGACAAGAUGUGUAAUGAGAAUAAAUGCAAAACUCUGAUGGAGGAGUUCAAACAGAAGAUCAUCAACUUGCAAGAGGAGUUGUCUCACACGCACGAGGAGUACUCGAGCCGUAUUUCAAGCUUGGAGCGUGAAGUGAAUCGUGCAGAGCAGCAGCGUAGUCUACAGGAGGAGCAGAACGGAACUCGCGUGAGAGAACUGGCAGCAAAGCUUCGAGAUCAGGAGGCAAACUAUAACGAUAUCUCCACUCAGUUAUCCAUAGAGAAGAGUAAGGUAACAGAGCUAGAGAUGCGAUUGAAGGCGGCCGACUCGUCGGCCCAAAUAGCGAAGACCAUAGACACGCACCUCUCCAAUAUCAACGAAUUAAGAAGACAGUCAUCUAAACCAGACAAUAAAUUCAAGACCAGCUCGCCCCUGCAAUUACCCAACUGGGAGGUACCUUCGCUGCAUUUGGAGGUACCCGUGUUACAGCCAGUCAUCAACCGGGUAAGCCCCGGACCGGAACCGGAACCGGAUCGAGAGGACACCAGACUGUCCAAGCAUUCGGACGAUUCCGGAUAUACUGACGUCAACCGGACGCAAGACUACGACCAGGAUAAUAAGGCUCUGGCAAAAAUAAAUAAAGAACUAAUGGAACGGAUAUCAUCUUUACAAGAGCAAUUGGACGCAAUAAAAAUUUCGACGGUAAGUAAUGAGGAAACAAUAAAACAGUUACUACAUAACAAGAGCUUCCAAUCUGAGGACAUUGAUACAGAAGACUAUAAAGAUGUUGGAGUAGAUGAUGUCUCAGAUGGACCAUCGCAAGAAUUUACCAAGAAGAUAAUAGUGGAGAAACAAAGAAAUAAAAGCAACACAGAACAAAGUCCAGACAGAAACGAAUCUUUACAAGAACGUCGUUCUAAGGAGCGUUCCGCUGACAUGUGUAGAGUUAACGAACUGUGGAACAGUUACGACGAUACUCCCAACACCGAAAACACGAUACAAGCCACCUCAACUCAUCCAAUCCAAUUGGAACAGCUGGAACAAUCUGUCGGGAAAAAGAAAGAACCGGUUCCAAGUGCAAGGCAAAAACCGAUUAAAAACGCUACCAACACGAAAAGUGAUACACACAACAGCUUUCAAAUACCUGGUCCUUUACCAGUUCAUAAUACAGAAAAUAUAGCAGGUUCUAAAGAAAAACCGUGGCCGAGAGCCAAACGUAAAUUAAUUGAUAUCAGAACGAGAAAAGAUACCAAUAACUCUAAAGACAACUUAAAUGCAAAUAAUGCUGGUAAAUAUGAAGAACCUACUCUACAAACUGAGGAUGAAACUACACAGUUUUAUCAAAACAGAAAUGCAACGGUUGAUAAACAACCUGCGCUUGAUGGUAGUGAACAAAAUUUAAAAUUAGGUUCAACGAAAAUUGAAUCUCUCGAUCAUGCAAAGAUCAGUGAUGAUAAACAAGACGCUACAGUAAAUAAAAUGCAGGCAAAUAACGCUGGCGUGCAAGAAGCUGUCGUGGACGUUAACCAGCUAGGAACGCAAAUGGAUAAUGGGCAACAUACUCACCAUAAACAGCGACCACAAGCUGACCGUCAACGACGACCGUCCCACCGUCCGCUGUCGGGCGACCGCACCUACUCGAUCGCUGGCGACAACACUGACUGCGAGAUAUCCUCGCUCACCGACUUACCGGACGAGGGAGACGCAGACGUGGCGAGUUACCGUGAGCCGCUGUCCCCGGGUGAGCAUAAGGCGACGACCACGGAGUGUACCGACCACACCACGACGACCACCGACUACGGCUCGCUCAGUGAGGGGGAACUGCCGGCACCAGUUAGGAAACGUUCGAAGGAAUUAAGAGCUACUGCAGAGACAAAAUUAAUCCAACCCGUGUCGGUCACGCAAAAGGUUGAAGAAGCUCUCCAGGCCAUCGGCGAGGAGUUGGCACGUUGCAGAGAGCUAUUACACACACAGAAACCUCUGGGGGUGAACUUCUGGUCUUCCUUCUAGAAGUAUAUUUAUGUAGCUGCUUGUAUAUGUAGUACUAGCUGUCCCCGUUAUUCAUUCGUAAAUCAUUCCACCUGUACCAUUACUUACAUACUACAAGAAACAAAUAUAUUACGUAGCGACACCUCAUCACGUCAUAUAUAAUGAUGAAGUUAUAACCAAUUAUACUUCAAGCUAUAAAAAAUACACCAAAUUCCUCGAAUCUGUUCUAUUCUUAAAAAUAAAGUAUUACUUAUAUAUGAUUCCCCUACGAUCGAUCCCCCGUCCAAUUCAAAUUGAUAUUACGACGGCCUGAGCCGAGGUGCGAACCCCUAGUGGUGCCCUCAGACUAAAGUCGUAUCCGUCAGGCAGGAGUUGGCCUUCAGCCGCUCCAUAAGUCCUUCCGCGGGUUUGGAGUGCCAUCUGCACUCGCCCCCUAACGUCCGGUGAAGCUGUAAAGGCCAGCUGCGGCCAACAGAAUUAGAGUAGUAGCUUUUAAGAUAAUAUUUAAGAAGUAAAAAGUAUUUGUUAAAGUUAUUCAGCAAGAUUAUUAAGUUAACGAUGAGAUGAGAAAUGAGAUCAGUUUUGCACUC